UGUCAGCGGCCAAACAUUUCAGGUCAACGCGCAGACAACGUGGUAAAUAUCAAACGAACCCCUCCGCCGGUGUGUCUCGUUAAGAGGUUCUGCUGGGGGGGGUCAGAGCGUUCGCUCUCUCUUGUAUCGUUACGUCCCGCGGGCCCGGGCGGGGAGGUGAAAGGUUGCAAACAGCAAUGGGCGAAGUUAGCGGGACCUGGCUCGCUGUCACCUGGCGAGCCUGCAACUUUUUAAUGUCUUUAUUCUUCGCCCUCGCAACGUAUGUCCAGAUUAAUGAUCCUGACGCGGGGGUGUGGAUGGUUGCUUACGGUGUCCCUGCGGUCCUUUGCGCAUGCGUCGGUUUGACCCCCCACCUGACAGAGACUUUGCCCUGGAGGCGCGUGGCUGAUCUCCACGUGCUGGUUUCCAGCGCGGUUGUUGCCAUGAUGGGAUGGAGACUCCACAGAGAGACAGUCUCAGAGAUCUUCCACCUGGAGGAGGGCAGAGAAUUUUCUGGUCUCGUGCUGACGGCUGGAUGGCUUCUCCUGUGUCGCCACUCUGGAAGAGCUUCAGUCGGGAUGCUCAGAGUCUUGACAGCCGUUGCCAUCACAGUGUUCCCCUUUGUGGCCUGGCUUUACUACUACAUCCACAAGGAGCUCCGAUCAAACUGGCCUUCACAUUGUCAAAAUGCUAUUUAGACACCUUUCUUCCUUUUUUGGUGGAUUAAACAUUACUUCUGUUGGGUUCUUUGACUAAUAAUGCAUCAAGAAGGCUUCUUAGGCAAAAUCUUCAGUGAUUCAAGUAUCACUGAAUACAAACAUGUGCCAACAACCAAGUGGUGUCUCUUAAAGAGGGAUUCUUCCAAUGUUUACCUACUAGUUGUAUGUUAGUUCCGUUCAUUUUGUUUUUUUAUUUAAUUUUGUAUAUCUGUAAUUUUAUAACCAUAAUUCAUUUUCUGGUCUUGAAGUACAGAUCAUUUAUCUUUUGUAAAAUGGACAUAAAUCUAUAAAUCAUUUUGAAUAAAAGUGACGUGAAACUUUUA